AUGGAUCGUAGUAUUACCGAAGGAGUUGAUUGCAUAAGCUCAAUGCCAGACGUGAUCCUCCACCAUAUUCUCUCCUUUAUUCCCAUUGGUCUGGCGAUCAGAUCUUCCGCCUUGUCCAGACGAUGGAGGCAUGUAUGGUGCGAGACACCUCGUCUCGACUUUCGUGGCUAUCACCCAAUGGCAAGUGUUCGCGACAUAAACCAAACCGUAGCCUCCUACAAGGCUCCGAAAAUCACGAGUUUCCAUUUUUGUGUGCACGUCUGGGUCCCCGAACUUGUGCCCCAGAUUAAUAGCUGGAUAGAGUUCGCUGUGUCCCGUAACGUGGAGCAGCUGUUUCUGUCCUUCGGUUGUCGUGUUAAUCACCGGACUUAUCGUUUCCCUAAUUCCUUCUACCGUAGUUCCUCCUUAGAGAACCUGCGCCUCGAUUUUAUUACUAUCCCCGGAUGCACAGUUUCUUGGAAAUCUCUGAGGUCAUUGACGUUGGAUUAUUGUUUACAGUCUCUUGAUGAUGUUCUCUCUGGCUGUCCAGUUCUUGAAACCUUGUCUCUUGGUUACUCUGGUGGAGUUCAUAGGCUUGACUUGAGUAAGUCACCUACUCUGACAAUAUUGAAAAUCACUCGCAGGCUGUACCCCUGGGAGAAUCGAGGUUCAAUGGAGAUUGUAGCUCCGCACCUCCGUUAUUUGGAUUUGUUAAAUAAUGAUGAACCAUGUACUUUAGUUGAUGUCUCCUCUUUGACCAAAGCCAAAUUUUACAUUCACAUGUUGUCAGACCCAUACCCAUACCAUUCUUAUGAUGAUGAUGUGAAGGCUGAUUUUAUUCGACUUGAGAACAUGCUAUUAAAGAUGCUAGCACAACUUGGAAAUGUUGAGCAGCUUACUUUUGAAACAACCUUUCUUCAGAUUAUAUCUCUCGCCGAACUACGUGGUGUUCCUUUCCCAAUGCUCAAGGUUCAAACUUUGACACUUCAUACCAUGAUUGCAAAAUCUGUUACUCCUGGUAUAACCAGGUUACUACAAAGUUCACCGCACUAA